CAUAACAAUAAACAAAUUUUUUAUUUUUUAUUUUUUUUCUUCUAAUUUAUUUAGCAUCGUAUAAAUUUAUUUAAAGCAAAUCCAUAUUUAUAAUUCACAUAAUAUUAUACCUAAUUUCAUUUCUUACCAUUCUUCAAAACCAAAGCCAUGAAGCCUUCACAAUUUCAUGCAAAGAAAGAAAUCACCUCAACCACAAUCACCACAAAAUCCAACAUUAAUGGAAUGUUGCCACCACAUUUGAAAAUCAAUAAAGAUUCUCAUUUCAUAAAAAAAUCACUAUCAACAUCAUCACAACCAUCAUCGUCUUCAUCGUCGUCUUCGUCAACAUCGUCUUCAUUGGCUAAUGGCAUGGGGGCAUCAAACAAGCCACCCCAACAACCUCGCCAUCCCGUGAUAAUCUACACACAUUCUCCACGAGUCAUUCAUACUCACCCUAGGGACUUCAUGACAUUGGUGCAAAAGCUCACUGGGCUAUCUCGUUCUGAGGGGGAAGACGGCGGGAGCAAUGUCCCGUCGUCUCAACAUCAGAAAAAGCAAGAGCCCGUGAGCAAUGUUGCAAUGGCAGCAGGAGUCAAGGAAAACGACAGAAAGAAUGUUGUUAUUGUUAGAAAUGAAGACAAUGACACGUCGUCGAUUACCACCAAUGAGAACAAUUGUGGAAACAUCAGUAAAACUCAUGUUAACUCAUGUUACAUUGCAUCAGAGACUCCAAUGUUGGAGCCUCUGUUCAAUCCUUACAUGACAAACUUCUUGGCGCCGAGCACGACGGAUUUCAUGUGCUCGAGUCAACCGUUCUUGAACUAUUCAGAUUCAUUGUUUUCUCAUAAUAUGAGGACAUCUAUUCCCACCCCGGCCACCUUGGGAGGCUUGAAAGAAUUUGGUGACUAUCGAUUAUAGUUGAAGUUUUUUUUUUUUGGUUUGAAUUUUGUGCUAAUAAAAGUUCUAAUUUUCCAGGAUAGAACUUCAUAUCUUUUAGGUUUUAAUUAUUUUUAGAAGAAUUAAUAAAGUUUUGUUGUAGACAAUAAUUUGUACCUCUCAUGGGAUUUAUUCUAGUGAUCAGUUUCAUAGAUUUUGUGAUUCAAAAUAAUAAAGAAAGAAUUGGCUUUCUA